UCAGGAUUGGCCUGUAAAUUGAUGGAGUUUGGUCAUGGCGGCCAUCAUCGGAUUGAGAGAAGUUGUUUUGAACGGAGCUGGUCUCAACGGUGGUUUAUAUUCACCAGCCAAGGAGAAAGCCUCCACCAGGGGUAUCUACAAUAUCCGCUCACCUUUUCUACUACGUCGGAUCCGCCAGUUGCUUGGGGUUGGCAAGUUUAAGCUACUUCUCGUGUUCUGUUUCUUCCUCACUCUUCUUUUCUUUGGCCUCAAGAUCGGUUCUUUCAUGGGAUGGAACCCUCAUUACCCUUCUUCGGUUUCUUCUCCUUCUAGGUGUGGUUACACAGUGUUGAUUAACACAUGGAAGCGCAAUUCUCUCCUUAAGCAAGCCGUUGGUCAUUAUGCAUCAUGUAGUGGGGCUGAUGCUAUACGUGUGGUUUGGAGUGAGAGUGAUCCACCAUCGAAGAGCCUAAAAGCCUAUCUUAAACAUAUUGUACAGUCGAAGUCACAAACUGCUCAUAAACCCAACUUUAAAUUUGACCUGAAUGAGGAAGACAAUUUGAAUAAUAGAUUUAAGCCAAUUGAGGACCUCAGAACAGAUGCAAUUUUUUCUGUGGAUGAUGAUGUUAUUGUUCCCUGCACCACUCUGGAUAUGGCGUUUACUGUAUGGCAAAGUGCCCCAUCCACAAUGGUGGGAUUUGUUCCCCGCAUGCAUUGGAUAGACGUAGAGAAGGAUGGUGAUGCAUAUUAUAAAUAUGGAGGUUGGUGGUCAGUUUGGUGGAUGGGUACUUACAGUAUGGUCCUCUCAAAAGCAUCAUUCUUUCACAGGAUGUACUUGGAUUUGUACACAUACACAAUGCCUUCAUCGAUACGUGAUUACGUGACUAGGGAAAGAAACUGUGAAGACAUUGCAAUGUCUCUUCUUGUUGCAAAUGCCACGGGUGCUCCUCCAAUCUGGGUUAAAGGGAAGUUAUAUGAGAUUGGUUCAUCGGGUAUCAGCAGUCUGAAUGGGCACAGUAAUAGAAGGAACACAUGCCUCAAUGACUUCAUUUCCCUCUAUGGAACUAUGCCUCUAGUAUCAACCAAUUUUAAAGCAGUGGAUGCAAGACGUGAAUGGUUCUGGUAGUAAUAGAAGUGGUCGAUUCACUUAUAUGGCUUUUGCUCCCAUUUCGCCCUCCCAAUGUAAAAUCUAGCUUUCAAUUAAAUACCUCACUUGUAACCUGCUUUGGGAGUGAGAGUGUAC